AUUUUUCGAGGUGGGGGCACUAAUUAAGAGAAUGUGGUUGGGGGAGUCGAGAACGUAUCGUUACCGUUAGUGGUAAAUUUUCUCGAAUCUUUAUUAACUUUGUUUCUACACGCUGGUUCUAUCAAAUAAAUUCAUAAUGGGAAGCAGUGGUCAAUUGUAUAGUCUCUCUUGGGGAGAAUUUAGUUCAUCAUUAGCUUCUGCAGUGCAAUUAUUGAGAGGUCAUGGAGAUCUGGUUGAUGUUACUUUGGCUGCUGGUGGACGUAGUUUUCCUGCCCAUAAGAUAGUUCUUUGUGCAGCUAGUCCUUUCCUAUUGGAUUUAUUAAAGAGCACACCGUGUCAACAUCCAGUGGUUAUGUUAGCUGGGAUAGCAGCAGAUGAUUUAGAAUCAUUAUUAGAGUUUGUAUACCGUGGUGAAGUGAGUGUGGAACCAUCUCAGUUACCCUCGUUGCUUCAAGCUGCUCAUUGUCUUUGCAUUCAUGGAUUAACACCACCUACUAUAUUAACUGAAAAUGGGGAAGAGGUACCUAUAUCAGCAAUACCAACAGCAAAUGAAGCUUUAUCCAAAGAAACAGUUAGUCCCUAUUUUCCAUUAAAACGAAAGAGGAAAAGAAGAAAGUCAUCCUCCUCUUCUGGAAAAUGGCCACGUACUUCUAAUACCACCGAUAAUGAAAAUAGAUCUGUAGAUGGAACUGAUAACAGAUCAGCAGGAUAUGAUCAGAAAGAUGAAGACAAUACAGAGCAUGGUGAUGAUACAGCAGCGAACGAUCGGUUGGAAUAUUCGAAUCAUCGGGGUUGUCACUCGCCACGUGCUCAAGAAGCGCAGCCAGUGUCGUCGGAAAAUUCUCAAGCAGGACAGCAUCAGGAUCAAAUGUCGGAAAGUGAAACGCAUCUUCAUACAUUAAUGCCAAUGCAGCCAUAUUCUCCGCUACAAAUACCGCAAUUUCCUGGUCCUCUUAAUAUGGGCUUUCCACCUGGUAUACCGCUCCCACUAGUUACCCAGAGUGCAACGGUGGGAACGGUGGCUAGUGGACCAACCGGCAAUAUGAAUUUAUCUAAAAUACGUGGUGCAUCUGAUUGUCCAGGCGUUUGUCCACUCUGUGGCGCUACGUUACGGCAAGCGAGAAAUCUACGUAGACAUCUCUUAUCCUCUUGCAAAUAUCGGUUUAGUAGUAAUUCGGUUCAUGGUUCCACGGCUGAUUCGAUGAUGAUAGAAAUAAAGCCUGAAGUCGAAUUGCCUGGUUACAACGAGCCGACUGUAACGUACGGGACUGAUAGUGGAAGUAGUACCUCUGAGCAAAUCAUUUGUAAACCCAGUCCGCUUCCUUCACCGACCUCGCACGGCUCGAAUGUUGUUUCACCUCAAAACAACAUUCCAUAUGUUCGUACCUGUUUAGAUUUGACGGAAUUAAUUCUAGGAGACGGUCUGUCGAAAUCACGAAGCAUGUCCGAUCAACCAGCCUCUUGUCCAUUGUGCGGCGCGAUUUUGCGUCAAUCACGAAAUUUGAGGAGACACUUAGAGCUUCUCCACUUUGGACUCGGUAGCAAUAAUAAAUCCACCGUGGACACGGGAUACCGGCGAACAAAUAAAAAUAACGAUCUCGUUCGAUCAACCUUCGCAUCUAUUUGUCAACCUCACGUGACGAGGACAGAUCGAUCAAAGCCUGCCGAGAGUACAGACAUUUCCACGUUAACGUCCUCGUUCAUUGCCUCGUCCAACGCAUCGAAUGUCAGUCUUACAGGAAAUCUGAUGGGACCAGGUUCGAGUAUCCUGGGAACUGGUGAUCAAAUUCCGAAUUCAGCCUUGGUUGCUGCAACUUCUUGCACUGCUUCCAUGGCGUCUGUCACUAAUGGAGUUUAUUCAUCCGAUGGUAAUACCAGUAUAUUAAAUUGUUUGUUAUCCUCGUUACCGUUUUUGCCUUCUAUUUCUUCUUCACGUGGUAUGUCCGCCAGGAAUCACAAACAAACACAUCCUCCCGAUAUUAUUUAACACGUUAAUUGAUAGGGUAUUAAGAUAUAAAUCUUACUCGGUAUAUCCAGCAUUUUUUCAUUUGUAGAAACUUUUCUAAAAUGGAUUUUAAAUUGAAGUACAAAAAAUUUGUAUAAGUGGUAAAUAUGGUGUGAAAUGUGUUAAAAUGACGGUAAACAUUUUCAGAUAUAAUUUAUUUAA